ACUUACUUCAUUCAUACAAAUACUUCUCAUCCAGAAGUUGACUAGUUAAUCAGUUAGUUGAUGGCAACAACCCUGCGUUAAUUUCGUGAACAUGAGGAAAAUUAAUCUGUGUGUUCUGAUUGUGGCCAAUGUUGGUUUAUUGUUCUUGUCUAUUAUUAAUGUUCGUGCCGCGAGUAAUUUUAAUUCGACGAGUAGUCCGGAUGGAGUUCAAAAUGAUUCUGCAGAUGUUGAACUUGGUGACGAAUCAGCUCAACAAGGUGUAGUGGUUGAUAUGAGAUUUGGAGAUCUGAAUUUUGAAAAGGAGACUAUUUCGAACAAAAAGUUAAAGAAGGCAAAAUUAAAGAGUAUUGAUGGCGAUUGCGGAAAAUUCGUUACACCUAUUAAUUCUGCAUCUGUUUGUUCAAACGCUGAACUUUGCCAAGUAACAUGCAAAGAAGGAUUUGCCACAGAAAACGGAGAUGAAAGUUUAGCUUAUGCUUGUAAAAAUAAUUUAUGGGCGGGCGUGAAAUCUGGAAAACCAGUGAUUGAAAAAUGCAAAGCCAAAUGUGAACCAGCUUGUCAAAACGAUGGAAAAUGUGUUAUGCCAAAUACUUGUCAAUGUACAUUGAACCAUUACGGUCCGUUAUGUGAAUUUGAAAAAUUACCUUGCGCCGAAUUACCAAAAACUCCAUUAUUUUCAUUUCGAAAAUGUCUCGCGGACACUUGCACUAUAUCGUGUAUGCCUGGGAAACAAUUUCCUGAUGGUACAACCAGCGUAGAUGCGAAUUGUGAAAAUGGAAAAUGGAUUCCGUCGAGAAAAGAAUGGACAAUAGUUCCUGACUGUAUCCCGAUUUGUAAUCCGCCUUGCAAGAAUGGAGGUAAAUGUAUUGAUACUGAUACUUGCUUUUGCCCCAAGGACUUCAGAGGAGAAAUUUGUCAGUAUCCUACUUCGAUCUGCGAUCCAUCGAAAUUGAAUUUUAAUGGAAAUUACAACUGUUCCGGUGAUGAAUUACAAUUUUCUUGUGAAUUAUCAUGUCCUCUUGGAAUGGUCCCAGAAGUGAAAUUCAACUCCAAGUACACUUGUUUGUAUUCCGAAGGUAAAUUUACUCCGACUGAUGUCCCUCAAUGUCAAAUAGGUAGAAUAAUUGAUGGAACUAAGAUAUCGCAAUAUGAAUCAAAGUUGUUGAAAUUGACGCCGGCUCCGGCCUCAUGUAUGAUAUGGGGUCCGUUUCACUUCAAAGCAUUUAAUGGAAAAUUAAUCAAUUUCAAAGCUGCUUGUUCGUAUGUGUUGGUGAGAGAUGAUGUGGAAAACCUAUUUCAAGUUCAGAUUGAUAUUAAGAAUGAUACCAUUCUAAAUGUUAUUUUUUACAUAAAUAACGAAAAAUAUGUGUUGAGUAGAGCGGAUGGCAAUAGACCCGUGUUGGAUGUAAUCAAUAGUGGUCAAAAACUUUCGAUUCCAAGUCAAUUAAAUGACUUGAAAGUUGAAGUAGUUAGUGGAAAAACAAUACAAGUGUAUGUUCCAGCAGCUAAUUUGUAUCUUUUGUGGAAUCUCCAGGAUGAAUUACUAAUAGACAUUGGAGUGGAAUUUUGGAAUAGAACUAGCGGUCUAUGUGGCAAAGGAAGUAAUCCUUUGGUUCCUUUCAACCUUGUUGAAUAUGUGAAGAAUGCUGCUGUGACAUCUUUAUUGGAUAAGUGUGAAUCGCCGAUUCAAGAAGAAAAACCGUGCAGGAAACAAGAUCUCAUCGUUGCCAAAAAAGUCUGCUUAAAACUUAGCGGUGAUAGUAUUUUCAAGCAUUGUUUGAAUAAACUGAUUAUAAAAGAGUACAUGGAAGCUUGCGAAUGGACGAUGUGUAAUUGCGAGAAAAUCAAUAAGAUGGAAUGUAUGUGCCAAUUUUUCGCCAAAUUUGUUCAACUGUGCAAUCAAAUGUCAGCAGGUGUUAUGAUUGAUUGGCGUGAAAAAUAUAAUUGCACGUAUAAUUGUCCGUCUAGUCAAGUUUACACGAGCUGCUUACCAACAAGUCAAGCUACUUGCGCAUCUACAGAAAUUACUCCUACGGGAUUGCAGAAAUAUUGCGAAGAGGGUUGCGUUUGCGCUCCCGGAAGUGUUUUACAGAAUGACACGUGUAUUGCAAAGGAAACCUGUUCUUGCACGUUGAGAGGAAAGUUGUACAAACCUGGAAGUGUGAUUGUGAAUGAUUGUAACAAAUGUACCUGCGCUGAUGGAAAAUGGUCUUGCACCACUGCUGUUUGCAAAGCAGAAUGCGUUGUUUUGGAUCCUCAUUAUCGUACUUUCGACGAGAAGAAAUACGACUUUACAGGAUUCUGUAAUUAUAAAUUGGUUUCGACGGGAAAUUAUUCAAUUGAAAUGGAUAAUUCGCAAUGUUCAAACCAGAAUCUCGACGUUAAAACGAAUGAAAAACGAUGCAAAACCAUUAUAAUUCGUAGUGGUCGAAAAGUAGUCAAAUUACAAAACCUCUGGAAAAUUACCCUUGACGAUAUGGAAGUAGAAAAAUUGCCGUUUAUUGUCGACAACGAAGUAUUUAUCAGAAAAGCAUCGUCAAAUUUACUCGAAGUCUCACUGCCAAAUUCUCUCGAGGUAUUUUGGGACGGUGUUAAUAAAUUACAAAUUUUCGCCGCACCUUCGUUAUUUGGAAACACCAAGGGUCUUUGCGGAGUUUUCAACAAUAAUCAAAAUGACGAUCUAUUAACUCCCGAAGGUGAUAUUGAGCAAGAUCCUGUAGCGUUUGCAAAUAAAUGGAGAACUAAGGAAAACUGUAUAAUGGAGAAAAAUUUCGACAGUGUUGCUAUUUGCGAAGUGAAUAUACAGAAUAAACCGAUAGCUGAAAAUUAUUGUAAAAAUUUAACGAGUUCCAUUUUUGAAGAAUGCCAUUCUAUCAUUAAUCCUCAAGAUUAUUACGAGGAUUGUCUCAGUGAUUUGUGUUCUUGUCGUGGAAAUAAUUUAGUCGAUUGCUUCUGCCCUGUGCUAUCAGCUUAUGCGAGCAAAUGCGCAAAAAAUGGCAUAGUCGUUGACUGGCGUAGUCAAAUAAAAGAAUGCAGUAUUCAUUGCUCCACUGGGCAAAAGUUCGAAACUUGCGGCAACACGUGCCAGAGAAGUUGCAGCGAUAUAGCUCAUAAGGAGCUCUGUAAAGAAACAUGCGUUGAAGGAUGUUAUUGCCCCGAUGGCUAUACAUUUGAUGAGAAUGAAAAUUGUGUACCGCACAGCGAAUGUCCUUGCGAAUAUAAGAAUCAGAAAUUUUCUCCUAAUGAGAUCACGAUGCAAAACGAAACAAAUGGUUUAAAAUCUUGCGAGUGUAAAAAUGCGUUGUGGCAAUGUCGCGAAGCUUCUGAAGAAGAAUUAUUGAAUUAUAAAAAUGGUACAUCGUGCCCCUCCUCUAAUAUGGAGUACGUUGAUUGUGAACCACCGGAGCCUGUAACUUGUCGGAACAUGCACAAUGAUCCACCUAAUUUUUCUUCCAAAACUUGCUAUGCUGGAUGUGUUUGUAAAAAAGGAUAUGUGUUGGAAUCAGUUUCGAAGAAAUGUAUUAGACCUACUGAUUGCCCCUGUCACCACGGAGGCAAAAGUUAUAACGAUAAAGAAGUUAUCAACAAAGAAUGCAAUAAUUGCACAUGUGUUCGAGGAACUUGGGAAUGCACAACGAAAGAAUGUUCUGCGACCUGUUCAUCUUGGGGUGAUUCUCAUUUCCGAACUUUUGACGGCCGAUUUUAUGAUUUUCAAGGAACCUGCGAUUAUGUAUUUGCUCAAGGAUCUAUUUCUGAUAACGUGAAUUUCACAGUUAUUUUACAGAUUGUUCCUUGCGGUACUGGAGGGACCAGUUGUACGAAAUCUGUCACUUUGAGAGUGGGGAUUUACGACUUGUUUGAAACGUUGGUAUUGGAUAAGGAGAAAGAAGAAAACUUGAGGCAACAAUACAAAACUUUAAAAAUUAUUAGCACUGAAAUGUAUAUUUUUGCUAUUAUACCUACUCUUUCCAUAUCACUUCAAUGGGAUAAAGGAACGAGGGUUACUAUUCAAGCGCACCCGAGAUGGAAAAAUAAGAUCAACGGUCUUUGUGGAAAUUACAACGAUAAUUCUCUAGAUGAUUUUCAAACCCCUUCAGGAGGUGUAACUGAAGUGACGCCUUCUCUGUUUGCUGAUUCAUGGAAAUUACAACAACAUUGUCCUUCGCCAUCUCAUUGCCAGGACCCCUGUGUUGUCAAUUCGCACCGAAAAUUCUGGGCCAUUGAAAAAUGUAGUUAUCUAAAAAAUAGCCCAGCAUUCAAGCAAUGCCAUUCCGAAGUUUCAGUUGAAGAUUAUUAUAAAAGAUGUGUUUUUGACUCUUGUGCCUGUGAUCAAGGAGGUGAUUGUGAAUGUAUUUGCACAGUGUUUUCAGCUUAUGCUCAAGAAUGUGGUAACCGAGGACUGCAUUUGAAAUGGCGAUCGCAGGAAUUAUGUCCGAUUCAGUGUGAGAAUGGCACCGAAUAUUCUGCUUGCGUCGAUCCUUGCCCAGAAGACUCUUGUGAUAGUAUCAGAGCUAGUAACUCUGUGACCAAAGAAUGUAAAAAAUUGAAUUGCGUCGAAGGAUGUCGUAAGAAAAGAUGUCCUCCAGGGCAAAUAAGAAAAAACGACACGAGUGAUGAAUGCGUUUCUCCAAUGGAUUGCAAAUGUAUCAGUAUCGAUGGCAAAACUUUCACGGAAAACGAGAAAAUUACGGAAGAUUCUUGUUCUUCAUGUUACUGUUCAAAAGGACAAAUGGUCUGUUCUGGAUCACCCUGCGGUAUUACGAAAUCGUCAAAAACCACACCAUUGCCUGAACUCCCCGUAAUUGCGUCGAGUAUUUGUGUUAAUGGAUGGUCAGAUUGGAUCACAGUUUUAACACCUUUUUCUGGAAAACUGAAUUUAAAUAAUAUCACUUUUGAGAAUACGAAAGAUAGAUUGGACUGUUUUCCGGAUGAUAUAAAAAAUAUCUCGUGUAGAUCGAAAACGUUCAAUGCUUCUGAUUUUGAAAACGUUGCUUGUAGUUUGCAUGAAAAGAUUCAUUGCAAAAAAGACUGCGAUCAGUUUCAAAUUAAAUUCUUGUGUCAAUGUAGCGAAUAUCACGGACCAACAAAAACUUUCAUUGUGGAAAAACCACCCGUUGUUGAACAAGUCUGCAAAGAAGGAUGGAGUGAAUGGUUGGACAUUUCAACACCCUCUAUGAAUAAAAAUAAUGGCGAAAUGGAAACUCUCAAAGAUCUGAAAGAACAAGAUAUUUCUGUCUGUCAACUUGGUUAUAUUAGCAACAUCGAAUGCAAAUAUCGUAAUUCUUCCUUAUCAAAACCAAAACCGAAAUGGGCUUUGAAGCUGAAAAAACCGAAAUUCAAAUCUUCCUCGUCUGAUCUAACUGACUGGAGAAUGUCGGAUGAACAAGAUAUAUCUUGCAGUCCAGAUGUGGGAUUUGUAUGCAAUAAUGAUAAACAAAAAUCUGGUCUGUGCAAUGAUUAUCAAAUUCGCGUGCUUUGUUCUUGCAAACCGCCUACGACAGAACGAACCAUUUUACCACAAGCACCAAUAUGCCCUCCUGGAUCAGAAUGGUCUGAUUGUAAAAUCGAAUGCAAUCAGUUGUGUGAUUAUUACAAACACGAGUUGAACAAAAAAGGACUUUGUCUUUCAUCAAAAAGUUGUAUUCCAGGAUGCGUCAAUGUUCCUUGUGCCAAAGACAAAUUUUGGAGAGACGAGUCUACCUGUGUUGAUCAACAAGAAUGUACCUGUGCUACAAACAAUGGCUCUUUGGCAAAGCCUGGAGCGGUUAUUUUUGAAAAUGAUUGCAAGACUUGUCAGUGUAUAAAUAACGAAUACGGGUGCUCUCCGGCGUUAUGUGGAACCACAGAAAGUAUUGAAACGAAUGUAACUUCGUAUCCGAAAUUUGACUUUACCAAAGAAAUUACGACAGAAUCCAAUCUUCUUGAUAAAACCACAACGGAAAUAAUUGGCGAAUUUUUGACUACUCCGAUUCCGCUUACGCCUUUACCAAAAUGUUCUUUGGAAGGAUUGAUCACAAUAGACGAACAAGCGAAGUAUACCGCAAGUUCAAGUCAAAGCAGUAAUAAUACUCCGGAAAACGCUAAAUUAAUUAUGUCAGGUGAAUAUAUUAGCAAUACGUAUUCUUGGAAACCGCUCGCUUCAGAUACUCAACCUUACUUGGAAAUCGAUGUUGAGAAAGUUCAGCCUAUUUAUGGAGUUACUAUUGCUGGUAAUCCUUCGCAAAAUGAGUGGGUGAAGUCGUAUAAAGUUUUGUAUAGCUUGGAUAAUGUUUCGUAUCAGCAAGCUCAUCGCGCCGAUAAUUUAGAAGUGUUCCGAGGUCCAUACGAUCAUAUUCACCCAAUUCAGCAAUUGUUUGAUUCGCCAAUAGAAGCACGUUACAUUCGUAUCAAACCAUUAUCUUGGGAGAAAGAAAUUGCCAUUUUGGUACAAGUUUUUGGUUGCGAUUUCAAUACUGCCAGCACUGCUAUUCCUACAAGUAAAAAUCAUUUACUUUAUUGUCCCCAAAACCUCAUAUAUACCUCUACCUACUCUGAAUUUGCUUCAAUUUUUAUGUUUUAUUCAGCCUGUAACGAACCCAUGGGCAUUGAAUCUGGAAAAAUGUUCAAUCAUCAAGUUUCUGUUUCUUCUUCACUGAAAAAUGAUUUCAAAAUUAGCGAUUUGUCAAUGUCUGGAAGUUCCGGAUGGGCUCCUUUUAUAGCAUCUACUCAAGAAUGGAUUCAGUUUGAUUUUGUGGAAGAGCGAGUCAUCGAAGGAAUCGUCACUAAAGGAACUGAUCUCGCUGCCAUAUCGAAAAAAGCUUGGAUCGAGGCGUAUAAAAUUAUGUAUAGCAUAGACGGAGUCAACUGGAGCCCUAUCACUGACUCAUCUAGAAAUGAAAAGAUUUUCGUGGGUAACGUCGAUUCCGAAAAUGCUUUCGUGAAUAUAUUUUCACCACCUUUACAAGCCCGAAAACUAAAAUUAUAUCCGAUCAAAUGGACGAACUUCCCAUCUUUUCGGGUUGAAAUUCUCGGUUGCUUUAAACCAUAUCCUGAUAAUGAACCAGUCACCAUAGAAGAACCAUCUAUUCCUCCUCUAUGCAACGUGUGUCCUGGAGUGCAAUCAACUGGUGAUUGUAAUUGUAUCAAUGAUACCUACUGGUCUGGUUCCGCAUGUGUUCGAAAAGAAAUGUGCCCUUGUGUCGAAGGAUUAGUGAGUCAUUCCGUAGGCAGUACGUAUAUAAAAAGCGAUUGCGAGAAAUGUACCUGUUCCUUGGGUGGCAUUCCUUUCUGCUCUUUAAUAAACAAUAAUAAUUGCGAUAAUUGUACCGAACAGGGUUUACGACGAGUUACAGAAAAUGAUUGUAAUUGCCAUUGUGAAAAAUGCCCCGAUGGUACUUUAUUAUGUCCUACAACGAAUUUUUGUUUGAAUGAAACAUUAUGGUGCAACGGAUAUAAAGAAUGUCCUGACGAUGAAACCGGAUGUUUGUCAUCUACUGUGGCAGACGCCAAUUUUACUACGGAAAAGUCUCGAGUUGAUGUAUCCUCUGUUGCAACUCCUGUAAUUGACGAAUGUCCUCCUAUCAACUGCUCGACUGGAUAUUACGCCGAGCUAAGUUCAACCCAGACACGUGUAAAAAAUACUGGAAUAUUGAAAAAUGUCAAAGCCAAAGAGAUCUUGAAAUCAUCCUCGUUCCAUGAAGUUGUACAAUCGGUAAACAAAGGAGAACAUUUCUAUCACGAAGAAACUUCUUUGAAUAUCGAAACUGUUCAUUCUCAUUUGAAAACUUCUGAUAUGGCGGAAUAUAUUCAUCAACAACAACUGCAAUCGGAAUCUACGGAAGAUAUGGCUUGCAAAGAUUGGAUCUGUAUUCCGAAUGGAUUAACUUGCGAGAAACCCCAGUGUUCUCCUGGUACGAAAUUGAUCACUAAAUGGACCGGAGAAGCUUGCCCUACUUACGAAUGCAUUGUGCUUCCUCCUAAUGAAAAAGAAUGCAGUGUCAAUGGUAAAAUUAUCUCUACUUUUGAUGGAUUAUCCUACAUUUACGACGUCUGUGAUCAUAUUUUGGCUGAAGAUAAAGCUUUUGGUAUUUGGAAGAUUAGAAAAACAAAUAAAUGUUCUUUCGUUGGUUUAUGUGUCACAUCGUUAGUUAUCAAUAUUGGCAAUGACACAACCGAGAUUUUUUCCAAUCUUACCGCAAAGUUCAAUGGCUAUUCAUACACGAUUUCACAAUUACAAGCUAUUGGAGCUAAAAGUGGUCUAUUUGUCUUACAAGAAAUUUCGGACAGUUUUAUUAUUUUCGUUAGCACUGAUCUGAAAUUCAGUGUUUUCUGGGGCACUACAGGAAAUGUUAAAAUUAUUGUGGAUUCAUCUCUCCGAGGAAUGGUCGAUGGCCUAUGCGGAGUAUUCGAUUUCAAUAUCGAUAACGAUAAAACUAAACCAGACGGCAGUGUUGUUGUGAGUUCACAAGAAUUUGGCGAUUCGUGGAAUGGCAGUUCUGAAUUUUGUGAAAUAAAAGCAUGUCAAAAAGAUAUUCAAAUUAAAGCGGCAGAAAUUUGCGGAGUUUUCAGAACUGAACCAUUUAAUGUAUGUGACUUGACGAUAAACUUGGAUGAUUAUAUUCCUAAAUGUAUGGAAUCCUUAUGCACCUGUGCCAACUCAGCGACUAAUUUCGACAAAGAAUGUAGAUGUCAAAUAAUGGAAAGUUUUGCAUCGAAAUGUCUUUCUUUGGAACAAGGAAUCGAUAUUUCUUCCUGGAGGAUUAAAUACGAGUGUCCUGUAAACUGUUCUGCGCCUUUCGUGUAUCAUGAAUGCUACGAUCGACAAUGUGAACCUAGCUGCGAUUCUUUGCUGCAGAAAGAUGAAUGCCCUAAAAUAGAAAACAAAUGUUUCCCUGGAUGCUAUUGCCCCGAUGGUCUUUUACGAAAAGGAAAUUCGUGCAUUAAACCUUCAGAAUGUCGAGAUUGCGAAUGUGGUGGAAAUGGUGUCACACAAUUUUCGACUUUUGAUCAAGUAGAGAUACCAUUCGAUGGCAGUUGUUCUUCGUACAUGUUAUUGCAUCUGAAAAAUACAAAGAAUGCUGAUUCUGAAUUGAAGGUAAUUUUGACAAAUGCUCCCUGCGUAAAUCCCCAUCUCAAAGGUGUUUGCCCUCAUGGUAUAACUGUUAUUGUGGACAAAAAUGAGAUAUUACUCGCCCAGUCAGAGAAGGAUCUAAAUAAGAUCGAUGUAAAACUCAAUAAUGAAUCCAUAACGAGUUUCCCUCACGUGACAGAUUUUUUGAAAAUAAUCGAGUCACCUGGUAUAUCUGCUAAAUUAUCAGUACCAUCUUUACAUCUGGAUAUUGUUUUCAUGUCUCACAACAGAGGAUUUUCUGUCCAAUUACCAUCGCAUUUAUAUACAAAUAAAUUGAAAGGACUGUGUGGAUCAUGUAAUAGAGAUCAAAUGGAUGAUAUAAGAGGGCCCAACGAAGAAAUUCCUAGCUCAAUUAAAGAAUUCUUGAAAAGCUGGCGGACCGAAUAUACGGCAGAUACUGAGAAAAGGAACUGCAGCUAUGUGUCCCAGCAAAUAUCAUCGUUUGAAAAUUUCACUAUAGAAUGUGCCGCUCCUCCUGAAAACGACCCGUGUUUAUUAUUUUUAAACGAAGAAUUAUUCGGACAGUGUCACCCGAUAGUUGAUCCGCUCAAAUAUGUCGAUUUAUGUCAUAAUUCCACGUGUAGUGGAGUAAAUCAUUGCUAUGCUUUGGAAUCUUACGCGUCAGAAUGCCAGAAAAAUGGAAUUUGUUCCCAAUGGCGGUCUGCUAACUUAUGUCCCUAUGUUUGUCCGGAAGGAUUGGUUUACGAAGCUUGUAGCAUUGGAUGCGAGAUUACUUGCGAUAACUAUAAACAAUUCAAGGAAGAUUUUACCACCUGUACUGAACCAUUUGUAGAAAAAUGUGUUUGUCCAUCGAGCCAGGUGUUACAAAAUGGCAUUUGCAUAAAUCAAGCCAGAUGUCACCCUUGCGACAAAUAUGGUCAUUUUAUUGGUGAUCAGUGGCAACCUGAUGAUUGUUCCUUAUGUCAGUGCAUGGAAGAUGGAAGUAUAAGAUGUCAGAAAAAGGACUGCGGAGGUGAUAUAAUUUGUCCUCCUGGUUUCCAAACCGAAAUAGAUCCCAAAAACGACGAUCCUUGUUGUAUAAAACACAUUUGCAUUGCGGAAUUCUCGUUGAAUUGCAGCGAACCAAUUAAACCACUGUGUGGAAAACAUCAAACAAUUAAAAUGAAAAUGACCGAUAACAAUUGCACCGAAUAUUUCUGCUCCUGUAUCCCUCCCGAAGAAUGUCCUUCAAUUGGUAAUGAAAAAGAUGUUGAACUUAUAACUGGAAUGGUUAGGGUGGAAAAAAAAAAAGGUUGUUGUCCAUCUAUCGACAUUAUUUGUGACGUGAAUACGUGCCCGAGGCCAUUGGAAUGUCCAUCGUACUUCGUAUUACAUGAAAUCAAAAAUAGUCAUGGUUGUUGUCCAGAAUUUAAAUGCGAGCUGCCUCCGAAUACGUGUAUUCACGAGUACGAAUGGAUCGCUGAAUAUAAUGGCUCUACAAGAGAACGUUUACCUUCGGAGAAAUACAAAGAGCUUAAAGAGAUAGGCGAUAGUUGGUUCGAUGGUCCAUGUAAACAGUGCUCGUGUAUAAAUGGUUCAAUCCAUUCAGUAUGCAACAGCAUGAUUUGUGAAGAACCUAAAUCUACAGAAAUUCAGCCUUUUGUGACUGAACCAGUUUAUUAUUUCGGAACUUGUUGUCCAUCGUACAAAAAAGUUGCUUGUAAAGCGAAUGAUUUAAUUUAUCCGGUUGGCACAUCAUGGAACAUCAGUUCAGACCCAUGCAGAACUAUGCACUGUGUUCAAAAUUCCGAAACAGGAGAAGUAUCAAUUGAACAAGUCAUCCAGUUAUGUAAUACAACUUGCGAUCUUGGCGAGCGAUACGUAAAAUCUCGUGACGACGUUUGCUGUGGACGUUGCAUUCAAGAAAUGUGCGUCGAUGAAAAUCUCACUUUGCAUUACCCGAACACAUCUUGGAACUCGAGCGACGGUUGUAUUAAAUAUGAAUGCACCCCUGAGCUUAAAAUGACAGCUUUCGUAGAGGUUUGUCCCGACGUAACGGAUUGCCCCGAAGAAUCCAUAAUCAAUAAAGGAUGCUGUCGCGAAUGCAAGAAACAAUCCUAUUCGCAAGUGAAUUGCGAAGUUGCCUCUUUACCGUUAAAUGAUACAAUUAAAAUCGUUUAUAAACGCGAUUUAGUUCAUGGUAUUUGCACAAACCCUGACCAGAUUUACGGAUUUACCAAAUGUACCGGUCAAUGUGAUACUGCUGCGUAUUACGAUGAAAGAACGACUAAAUACAGUAGUACGUGCCAAUGCUGCGUCGGAACUAAUUAUGAUGCGAAAAACGUAGUACUGACUUGUGAAGAUGGGUAUACUUUCGAGCAAGGUAUCCAAGUGCCUUCUGCUUGCAGUUGUCAAUCUUGUGCUGAUCAACAAAAGGUUUACGGUGUGAACCCGUGAGCAAAAGCAAGUAUUAAGAGUUUGGUUUUAAAUAUUUAUUAGUUGUGGUUUAUUUAUUUAAUUAUUUAUUUAUUUUGUUUGUUUUUGUUAUUUAUUUAUUUUUGUUGGAAUAAUAAUUUUGUAAAGAAAAACAAUCGCUCAAUUUAUCGCUACGUCAAAAACAUGGAUAUUUUAUGACAUUGGUAAAUAGGUACCUAUGUAAAAAAUGCAUUUUUAGGUACAAAUUUAUUUCAUUUAUUUCGUAUAUUAUUUCCUGAUUGUCAUGAUGAGAUCUAUGCAUGUACAUGUAAAGAAAACAACAAAAGGAUAAAAAAUUUCUCAGCCUGUUGGAAACUAACGUCGAAUUUAAAACUUUCCAUAUUCCGAUUCCGAAGAUUCACUUCCAUCACAGAGCUAUAAAUUUGUAUUUUGUAUCAUUUCAUUGCUCUUUUUACUUACCGAAUACAAGCAUAUGGCUUACCUACCUUU